AUGGAAUACUGCACUCACAACCCUGGCAUCUGCUUGAAUGGUGGUACGUGCGUCAGCUCAAUGCCAGACAUCUUCUGCUUGUGUCCCGCCAACUAUGAAGGCGAACAUUGUGAAAAAUUAAAAAUCAUCAACAGUUGUUUAUUGUCACCCUGCUUGCAUUCCGGUACGUGCGUUAGAAUGCCCAACUCGUCCAAAUACACCUGCACGUGUUCCGCGCGGUACACAGGUGGACAUUGCGAGACGGAAAUUCCAACGAAUCCGUGCAGUGCAGAUGAUUUUCAGUGUUUGUGUUCAUUGAAUGUAACAUUUUGUAAAUAUACAACUAAAGUAGUUACACCAUUAACGGUAGAUCGUUUAUCAAACAUAACAACAAAAACAACAGCCACGAUAUCAGCCGUCAAUCCGACCACACCAUCCAACGCCACAUCAACAUCUCCAACAACAGUCAGUCGCAACCAAACGACAACAGUUAACUCCACAGACGAUGAAAACAACAAACUACCAAGACCUCCAAUCUCGGAUGAGCUGAGGUCCAUCUUGGUCAUCUCAUCGGUAGCCAUCGUCUCGCUCAUACUCAUCGUGACCACGCUGGUCAUUGCUUGCUGCUGCAGAAGACGCAGACAACAACGCAGGCAACAGUCAAAAAUUCUCAACAACUUUGGAGCGAACAACCAGACCAUAUCCAGCAGAUCGACCUCUUCCUCAUUCAAUAACAAAACGAAAAAUUGUCAGGUCGUCAUUAAAAACGACAUCACAAACAGCAGACGAAACAUCAACCUCAGCACCGAGAAUGAAGUGCUCGACAAACUUACGAACAAGCAUCAAAACAUCAAAAAUGAGCGAAGGUGCAAUGAAUGCCUGGCCCAGGCUAUCCAAGUUGAGAAAAAAGCAAAAGAAAUUUCCAAACACAGACUGUGGAAACCUAGUUUAGAUUUGAAUUACACCUACCAAUGCUCAUCAUGCGGCUUAGUAGAUCUUACUCCUAAUUCUAUAUACGAGAAUAGUACCGCAAUGAAGGAUUUACAAACCGAAGCGGAUCAUCCGACUAAAGCAAAGUCGGUUUUAGUGACUAUCGAACCGCAAUUGAGAUCUCCGAAGAGGAAGGAUGCGACAUCUAUAGCGAAACUGAGCGUGCUGGAGUCAUCGAGUGGAGAUUUCAACUACACAUCAUCCAUAAGCUGCGAUCGAGGCAUAAUGACAGCCGACGAAGACAACAUUUUUAACGAGUACAAUGACGAUCGCAUUCGAGCAACUUGCGUCUGAAUGACCUCAACUAACAAAUUUUUUAACAGCUGGAAAUAGUGAUAUUAAUAUUUUGUAUAUAAA